UCAUUAGAGCUGUCUAUAAAAACCAGCAGGCAAGAGUAGUGUUAUCAGUCAGAAGAAGGAGGUGGAUUAAAUUCUAUUCUAAGCUCAUUUUGUUAUUUUUAAGUCGGAUUUGCUAACGAAUAAAUCAGACCUGGGGGUUCGUUUAACUUUCAACGGAGGUGUCGAUUCAACCGACUCACUGAAAAGAUCCAAAUCAAAAGAACGAUUCGCUUAUGAAUCGGGCAUCCAUGAUAGUCAAUAUGGCGGCCUCCGUGGUGACAUGGGCUGGUUUAGCCGCCAUUGGUCGUGCUUGUGGACAUAUUCGCUCUAGGUUGCUUGGAUCGCCAUCAACGUUAUCUCAGGUGUCUUGCCUUUAUACAAGUACAGAGUUAAAUAGCAAACACUGGGAAAGGAAAAAUCUGAUUGUAUAUCCACCACAACAGAAAGAUGAACCACGCAGACCUGCUGAGAUUUAUCACUGCAGACGACAGAUUAAAUACAGCAAAGACAAGAUGUGGUACUUGGCUAAAUUGAUCAGAGGUAUGACCAUUGACCAGGCACUCACUCAGCUCGAGUUCAACGACAAGAAGGGAGCUAAAAUAAUCAAAGAGGUAAUAAUGGAAGCUCAGGACAUGGCGGUCAGAAAUCACAAUGUGGAAUACAAAUCAAAUCUAUAUAUUGCUGAAUCAUUCUCUGGUAAGGGAAAAUACCUAAAGCGUAUUCGUUAUCAUGGACGUGGAAUGUUCGGCAUCAUGGACAAAGUGCACUGCCACUACUUCGUAAAGCUUGUUGAGGGAGUCCCGCCCAAAGUUGAGCAGAAGACAGGAUUCGACCAGGCCAAGGAGUAUGUGGAGCAACUGAGGAACCGAACAGUUAUUCACUCCCUAUAGUUUAAAAAGUCUCUUUGAUGUUUUGUUAAUGUGUUCAUGUAAAUUAACUAAAGAAUAAAGAAAUCACACCAA